AAAAAAAAAAAAAAAAAAAAAAAAAAACCAAAAACAGGCCGAGGCAUCCGGGCCAUGGCGGUCUGCCAUGGACGAGGCGGAUGUUCUAUGUGGAGGAGAGCAAAAUGGAAAGGAAAGGAGGGGGUGGGUACGGGGAUCUAUGUAGGGAAAAGAGAGGAAAGGGACCAGAUCCGCUCUAUAUUGGGGCACUGACGGUAUAGCCAGGCGGAGGAUGAAUGAAAUGAAGGAUGUCCUGGUCAUGAUAGCUACGUUGUUCACAUAUAGGAUAUGAAUAAUGAGUGAUGAUCUUUACAUUUCUACAUUUCCGUGAUGUUUUGGCACUAGAGACACAUCGGCAGCAGACCACGGGACAAAGCGCGGGGGAGCCACUCGGCAAGUCCCUCCCCCGCCAUCGGAUAUUCCGAGCCCUGCGCCUACUUAUUCCCAGGCUUCGUGGGGGAGUAAACCAACACAAUCAAGCCAGACACCAUGCCCCCCGCCCCCCUUACCGUUCAGUACAAGGAAGCCAAUGGCAGUACCAUCACCACCGACAUCUACCUCCCUCCACUACCGGAAUCUGCCCAUGGCGCAGCCAAGAAAUACCCCGUUUUAAUUAACAUUCACGGCGGGGUCUUCAUGCUAGGCCACUCCCGCAUGGUCUCAAUGCCCCAGAUAGACGACUGUCUGGCCCGCAACUGGAUUGUCGUGGUCCCAAACCAUCGACUUUGCCCGCAGGUGAACAUCCUCGAGGGUCCCAUCACUGACUGUCGGGAUCUGCUCGCCUGGAUAUAUGACGGUCACUUGGAUGCUUUUCUCGCCAGUGAUUCCACGCAGCAUCUCCACGGAACACAAUACCAAGUUGAUAAGGACCGCAUUAUGGCAUUUGGAACGUCGUCAGGGGGAACUUUGGCGUUAUCUUUGGGCUAUGACGUCCCCCGUCCGGUAUCCGCCAUCCUGGACUUCUACGGCGCCGUCCACUUCACCCACCCCUUUUGGACCCAACCCCUCCCCGACGUCGCGCGCACCCUUCCUUCGCUGGACUCCUCGUUCCUCAACAAAGUCUACGACGAGUUUCCCGUCCCCACGGACAGUUCUAUUUCCCUCGAAGGCCAAACAGAAGUCGGCACGGCUAAGGGACCCAAUUUCUCACGGCCACGGGAUGCAUUUGCCCUGACGCAAGUGGCCAAUGGAACGGUUCUUCAAGCCUGCUUUCCUGGCCGCGAUGUGAAGGAGAUUGACCCGGUCGUGCAGGCUGGGGAGGGCUUCCCGCCGACGUUUAUUGUACAUGGGGAUCAGGACACGAAAGUGACGAUCGAGGUAAGUCGGGAGUUAUGGCGGGUGUUACGGGAGAAGGGGGUAGAGUGUGGAAUGGUUGAGGUGCCUGGGGAGGACCAUACGUUUGCGAUGGGGAUGAAGGUUGGGUCGAGGACGUGGGAGUUGCAGCGACAAGGGUUUGACUUUCUGGAGAGGAUGGUGGUGUAGAUUCGGGAGUUGUCCGGUGCGUGUAUAUAUCGGUGGGGACUGGGCCUGUUGUUUGGAUCCAUCUCGCAAUAAUCCACCAUUAGCAAUUGAGUUUGGUGAGAUUCCUCGCCGCAAGGCUGAAGAUAAUAAUAAUAUUAC